AUGUCUUCUAACAUCUACAGAGAGCGUGAUCGUGAGGACGAUUGGGACGAGCGUCGUUCUGGCGUCUCUAUCAAGCGCUACGUCAUACCUACGGAAGAACGAGAGCGCGAGCGAGACUUGUUCUUUCGUGAGGAAUCAGGUCCUGGCGAGAGAGAUCGAGAGCUAGUCAUUCGUCGCACAACAGAGCGCGAAGAGCCCAUCAUGGUGCAGCGUUACGAGCGUGACACAGACUACGACCGAGACUAUUACGAACGUGAGUUAUCAGUGUCAGACCGGCCACGCCGUAACCCUAAUCCCAUCACCAUCCGUGAAGAUCAGCCGGUAAUCAUUCAAGAAGCCCGAGGUCCCGUUUACAUCAAUUCGCGCGAGUCUGACUACGAUAUUGUUCAUCGAUCAGAGGUCGACCGAGACCCAGCCUACUACUACCAUCGCCGUGUCCGAGAGUACGACAAUGACAGCCGCCGCAUGCGUCGCGAACUAAGCCCUAGUGAUUCUGUCUCUCAGGCUAGCAGGCGGCGCGACGACGAUUACAGCAGCGACGACAGCAUGGUUUACAUCCGGAAAGAAACCAAGGAGUACGACGAUCAUCACCACCGUCACCUGGCCUCAGGUGCUCUGGUUGGUGUGGGUGCCGCCGAGUUUCUCCGAAGUCGUCGAAAGAAAGAUGGGGAGGAAGUUGCUGGUGGCCUUGGUCGUAUCGGCCGCGAUGUAGGUGCGGGUGCCCUGGGCGCCGCCGCUGUUGAAGCAGCAUCGCGGGCAAAAGAGUACUACCGCAGCAAGAGCCGCCAUCGGUCUCACUCUUUCGAUGAUGAUCGAAGCUCCCGUUAUAGUCAUCAUCGCCACUACAGCCACAGCCAUUCCCGCCACAGGCGCAGCCGCAGUCGAUCUCACUCGCGUUCUCGCGCCCGAACAUUCGCAGAGAUUGGCUUGGGAGCUGCCGCCAUUGCUGGUGCUGUGGCCCUGGCUCGCAAAAAGUCAAACAGUGGUCGCAGUCGCUCGCGUUCCCGUCGAUCCCGUUCAGUCAAGGGCGAUGAUGCGAAACGCAGCCAGUCCCACCGCCGUAAGCACAUGGCAGAGGCUGGCUUGGCCGGAGCUACUGUGGCUGGACUGGUCGAGAGAGCCCGAAGCCGUUCGCGUUCCAAAAGACGUUCCCGCUCUCGAUCGAAGAGCAAGAUCCGAAAAGCCCUUCCCGUUGUUGCAGCCGGUCUAGGAUCUGCCGUGGCUGCCAACAUAUGGGACAAGAAAAAGGAUAAGGAAGCAGAGGAAGAGCCACGCCGUAAAUCUCGCCAUCGUUCGAGGUCGCGGGGACGCGCGCCAUCUGACAUCUAUCCCGACCCCACUCGCGACUCUACUGGCCUCAUCGAAUACGGCGAUCAUCCAGUGCACGGAAGCAUCCCUGCUGCGAACUAUUACGGCCGCCCACCCAGCUCUCAGGGCUACCACACAGACGCCUCUGACCGGCUAGCCAGGGAUGCUGGUCUUGGCUCUCGCCAUCGAGGCCGUACCCGUAGCCGCAGCCGUGCCAGGUUUAGCAGCAGCUCUCCCUCAAGCGACGAGGGCCGCCGUAGGCGCAGGAGUCGCCAUAGACACCGCAGUCGAUCACGCGAUCUGGCAGGAGCUGCUCUGGCAGCCACAGGUGUCGGCUAUGCGGCUCAUAAAUACGCUCAGCAUCGGAAGGAGGACAGAGAUAGGGAAAGGCAGAGGUAUGACAGCGAUGGACCGAGUCCCUUUGAGCAACCAUUCAGUCCCAGUCCUUACCCGCCUUCGCCUGCGACCGGCCCAGUAGAUAGCUCUCAGUACAGACCCAACAACUACUAUCCUCCGCCUCCCGGUUCAGCUCCAACUCCCGCGCCAGGUCCGAUGCCUUACAACCCGGCUGAUUAUCCGCCUCCACCCAAUUCUGGGCCGCCUCCGCAGCAGUACAGCUACCCUCCUCCCGCGGCCGAUGCAUAUGCACCUCGGCCCCGGAGGGCAGAUGAGAAUGUGAGUGCUACACGCGACUUCUCCUCUCCAACCACACAACCUCAACCGUACGAUGGUCUAGACCCCACUCGUCUAACAACACCGCGUCCACGCCCACGACGCAGACGGACGCGCGCUGGGAGCGAACCGCCCCAGUCAAAAUCUGUUGCCUUUGACGAUGACCCGCAGACAAACGAGAAAAACAAUGGAUAUGAAACUGAUGACAGCGACUCUACUAUCGAUGGAAUGAGCUCAGGCCGUCGUCGUCGCCGUCGUCAUCACCGGCGUCACCGUUCUGACCGACGCCGCUAUUCUUCGUCUGACCCCUACGCAUCGACAAAUGACCGCACUGCGGCGCCCAAGCAAAAUCAAACAGGCGCUCCUGAAUCUGAUUCCGAUGCCACAGUCGACCUUCCUGACCGGUUUGAUCGCCAAGGCCGCCUCCUUCCUCAACCUGGGGAUGACCCGCUGGCUGAUAAGGUCGAGAAUUUGCUGAGACGAUUCAACCGGGUGUUUGUAUAA